GUUUACCCUCGGGGGAACUCAGUGAAUUAAGCAGAACUACGACUGGAGGGAAAAGCAAUAUCGGAUUUGAAGCACGAAGCUCAUCUUCAUUUACUUAAUGCCAUGCAGCUGAAAAAAGCUGAUUUUUGAACUCCAAAACUUUACUAUGGAGCAAACUGUGGCUCUUAAUUGGUGUGCUUCCUCGUACCUUGAUCUUGUCACUACACAUCGGGUGGAGCUGGUCAAUGGAAUUAAAAACACUGAUUGCAUCCUGGACAACUUGCUGCGUACCGGAUAUUUCACAUGUGAAGAUACAGAGUUCAUACAGCAGAGUGUUACUCGGCAUGAAAAGGUGCGUAAAAUACUGGAUAUCAUAAUGUCUAAAGGAGAAGAAUGCGCGCAGUACUUUGUAUUUAUUCUGCAUUCUGCCAAAGAAAUUUACUCAGAUGUUCAGUCAUUGUUGAAAGAACGUCAUUGCAGCCCACCAGCUCAUUUACUGAGAGAGCCAGUGCUUAUUACAGAUGCAGUCUCUCAGUAUGUUGAGAAACUCCGAGGUGUGUUGCAACAAGAUACCAGGUUCAUUUCAUCUUAUACCCAAAAGGAGGACAUCCUCUUUGAUGACAUUUACACUAAGACUAUUAUGGAGCUCAUCAGUUCAGUCAAUGAAUCCAUAGGAACCGUCUCGCACCUGGAGGAUUUGUUCAGUGACACUGGAACCAUUAACAAAGAUGUAGAAACUGUGUUUGUAACAGGUGAUGCUGGUGUUGGAAAGACCAUACUCCUCCAGCGACUUCAGAACCUGUGGUCAAAGAGUGAGGUUUGUGCUGACAUUAAGUUCUUCUUCAAGUUUAGAUGCAGACUGUUCAACAGCUUUCAGGAGGAAGACAAGAUCUGCCUGCGAGAUCUUCUGUUCAAGUACAACUGUUACCCUGAUAAGGACGCUGAUGAGAUAUUCAGUUGCAUCCAACAGCAUCCAGCCACUGUCCUCUUCACACUGGAUGGAUUCGAUGAAAUGAAUUUGGAUCGUGACCUUAACGAUAUCCCUGAUGUCUCGUCUCCCUUUGAGCCCACACACCCAACAUCCCUUUUGUUGAACCUUCUCCAAGGAAAGUUAUUAAAAGGUUCUAAAAUAUUGUUGACAGCGAGGACAGGCACAAACCUACCUCUGAGGAUGGUGAGAAAAAGAGUAACUCUGAAGGGCUUUUCCAAGGAACAUCUGCUGGGUUAUCUGAAGAAGUAUUUCAAAAACAAGGCUGAUCAAACUUUGAUUCUAAACCAGCUGGAGGCAAACCCUCACCUGUGCAGUCUGUGCUCAGUGCCAUUGUUUUGUUGGAUUAUAUUUAAAUGCUAUGAGCACUUUCAGAGCACAAAUAGUUCCCAGCUAUUGUCACAGACAAUUACACUAACUGAUAUCUACUUGGUUAUGGUUGAGGUUUUCCUUAACCAUAAUUUGCAGAACAAUCUACACAGAAGCAAUGACAGAAGCCCACUAAAUGUGUUCAGAAAGAGGAAAGAAGCUCUAAUGCGGAUUGGUAAAUUAGCUUUAAAAGGGAUUGAGAAAAGUGAUUUUGAGCUCAGCCAGGAGAAAAUUGAGAUGGCAAAAAUUUGUGAAGAAGAUUUACAGUUGGGUUUCAUCAAAACUGUAGGUCAAUAUAAUGGAUGUGGGAACCAAUCAACAUAUGAAUAUAUUCACUUAACCAUCCAGUCAUUUUUUGCAGCAUUUUUAUUGAUUCUAGAUGAUGACAUCAGCCCACAAGAGUUUCUAGCAUCCUUUAACUACAGUAAUGCAUCAGUAUCCUCCAUCAGCACAAUCAGUAAAUUGUUUUUGGUUCUUCUGAGCCCAAAGAAGCAUUCUUCCAAAGAUGUCCUCAAGCCAUUCAGUGAAUCCCUGCAGUUUACAUUGCUGUUCCUUUGUGGCUUGCUGUCUGACAACAACAUUGAUCUGAUGCAGGGCCUUGCAUCUCCUGCCGCUGUUAAGAAAAAGCAGGCAGUGCUAACAUCCUACCUGUUCAGCAGUAUGAAAAAGCAUUUGCGAAGUCUCCCUCGACCAGGCUUCACAAACAGCUGCAGAGUGCACCUACUGCCACGCUUCGUAUGGCUGAUGCGCUACAUAUUCGAAAUGCAAAAUGAGGCAGCAUCCAAAAUGGCAGCCAAAUACAUCAGUGCUGACUAUAUCAAGCUGACCUACUGCAAUGUUUCUUCUGUGGAUUGUACAGCGCUUGCGUUCACCCUGAGACACAUCCAGAAACCCCUGGCACUGGAGAUGGACAACAACAACAUCAAUGAUUAUGGGGUGGAGCAACUCGCCUGCUGCUUCAGUCACCUCACAGUCCUCAGGUUAAGUGUGAAUCAAAUCACAGAUCAUGGUGUACACAUCUUGGUGGAAGAACUCAAAAAGUAUCAGCAGAUCAAAGUACUUGGACUUUACAAAAAUUACAUAAGUGAUGUUGGUGCAAGGGAUGUUGCAGAUCUGAUUGAAGUGUGUCCCAGUCUUACUUACUUGAAAAUGGGAAAAAAUAUGAUUACCCAUAAAGGAGGAGCUUACCUGGCUAAAGCAAUACAAAACAGCAGAACUAUAGAAGAAGUGGGGUUCUGGGGAAAUCAGUUAGGAGACAAAGGAGCUGAAGCCUUUGCAGAAGCAUUAACAAAUCAUCACAGUUUGAAAACUCUAAGCCUUGCAGCAAACGGGAUCUCGAAGGGCAGCCAACACUUGGCCAAGGCACUCUGCAACAACAACACAUUGAAGAUAUUCUGGUUGACACAAAAUGAACUGGAUGAUGAAGCAGCUGAAAGCUUUGGUGAAAUGCUGAGAGUGAACGUCUCUUUGGAAAAGUUAUGGCUGAAUGAAAACAAGAUAACAUCCAAAGGGGCUGCACAUCUCCUCCAGUCACUCAAAGGGAAUACAACAAUAGAUGAGAUUUGAUAGCCACAAAGCAAGAAACGAAAUUAAAGAGAAAAAGGGAAUAAAAAAAAAUAAAAGAUCUACAAGAUGUGCAAGAGAAAAAAAUACAAGUCAUGCAAACAAUUGAAGCAAACAACAGCAUUUCAAGCCAAAAAUAAGUCCUCAGAAAGGCAGUUUGAAUGAUAGUGAAGUUCAUUUGGGUGUGGCAAUGACUGGCUUCUCAAGUUUCUGAUUUAUGAGUAAAGUAACUACUAGCAAUUCUGAAAUAUUGUGUUGUUCCCUCUCCAGUCUGAAGGAUAAUCAAAUUCUGCCAAAUGAUGUCCAGCACCUUACGGAAGAAAAACGCAUUGUCAUCUAGACAGUGCUUGGAAAGUGUUCUCACGUCUGAAUCAGAAGCUCAUUGGUUCAAGCCCGUCACUAGAAACUCAGGUGUAUGUUUGAGAUGGACGUGUGCUGCUGUGAAGGACAUAAUCUCUUUUAAUUGAUAGAGUAACCAAGACUGCUUCUGCCUUCUUGGAUAUUAUUUCAAGGAUGAGCUGAAAAAUAAUCAACAUUUUACAGUAGGUCCUUGCUUUGUGAAAACUGGCCACUGCAUUUCUUCCAUUAAACAGGAAUUGCAGUCAGUUCAAUGCUUAUGAAGUGUACAAUGCUACUGAUGAUCUGUAUUAGUAAAGAAAUGUUUACCUUCUUCACUAUGUUCAAGCAUUUUCGGAAGUUAGUUAUAUUCUUAUCUUCUUUCAGUGCUGAAUUUCAGAUGAGCACCCAGUUGAGACCAAGACAGCAUCAACAGUCCCUAGAGUACCAGGGAGAGCUCAUCAAAUUACAUUAGAAUAAAUUUCUCAUGUUAGCAAGGUGUUAAUAGAAGAAAUGACUCUUUACCUAAGAAGGUCUUAGAGCAGAUUUGAAUCUGAUAAUGGCCAUGAAGGUUCAAUACAAGCUAGUAGUCUAAUUGCACAUGGAGAAUUUUUUCUGUCUUGGAUGAAUAACUUCUCUUCUAGUCGUGUUAAAAAGUACUUUGGAGCCAUGAUUGAAAGGUGUACUUUGCAUAUGUACAAACACAAUGUCAGGCAAAGAGGCUUAAAUUAAAUGGCUGUAGCACCUUGUGUUGUUAUUAAAAUAAUAAUACAGCAGAAAAUAAGGUCACUUGCUCUAUUAUGCCUGUACCAGUUUGCCCCACCUCACAACUGUCUCAACAUUUUUUUUUACAGAUGCAACUCAGUAAGAGGCCCUUCUGGCCCAAUGAGCCCACACCACCCAAUUACACCCACUUGCCCAUUAACCUUCUAACCCGUGCGUCUUUGGAAUGUGGGAGAAAACCGGAGAGCCCAAAAGGCCACCCAAUCCAAUCCUUCAAAACUUUCCUUUCUACGUAUUCACUUCAUCUUUCGAAAGAUUUUCCAAACACUGCUUCCUUUAAAACUUCUGCAAGUAUUUCCUUGUGGCUCCUGGUUUGUUUUGCUUUAUUUGUAUCAUUUUUGCCACUGAAAGUAAAUGCUACUUGUUUAGUACCUCAACCACAAUUUCCCUAAACCUUAACAGUUCUAAGGAGGACAAUCUGAGUUCCUUUAGUUUCUUUAUCCAACUAGUUAGUUGCACCCAACUCACUUUCAUAUUCACUUAGCUACUCACAUUGAGGCUGUGAAAGUAAUGAUAUUAAUUAUAAAUAUGCAAUAAUUACGCAAGUAGUUCCAUGUCAAUGAUGGAAACUUUUGAAAACAGAGUUACAGUUACUAUUCAGUAAAUCAUGUGGAACUCUAUUGUUUUCUACCACAUUGGCAGAUGUGAUAGAUUCAUUGAAAACUACAGUACAGAAGUAGGCCCUUCAGCCCAUCUAGUCCAUGUCGAACCAUUUAAACUGCCAACCUGCAACAAGAUCGUAACUUUCCAUACCCCCUCCAUCUAUAUAACUAUCCAAACAUUAAAAAUCAAAAUUGCAUCCACCACUAGCACUGGCAACUCGUUCGACACUCUCACCACACUCUGAGUGAAGAAAUUUCCCCUCAUGUUCUCCUUAAACGCUUCUGCUUUCACCCUUAAUCCAUGACCCCCAGCUGAACACUCAUCUAAUCUCAGUAGAAAACACCUGCUUGCAUUUACCCUAUCUAUACCCCUCGUAAUUUUAUAUACUUCAAUCAAAUCUCCCCUUAAUCUUCUGUUUUAGGGAAUAAAGUACUAACCUAAUCAACCUCUCCCUGUAAUUUAGAUGCUCAAGUCCUUACAACAUCCAUGUCAAUUUUCUUUGUACUCUUUCAAUCAUGUUUUUACAUGUUUCCUGUAAGUAGGUGACUAAAACUGUACAUAUUACUCCAAAUUAGGCCUCACCAACGUCUUCCUGUUUUGCCCUCCCAAAGAGCAACACUUCCUACGUUAAAUUCCAUCUGCCAUCUCUCAGUCCAUUUUUCCAGCUGGUCCAGAUCAAGCUUUAACAGCCCUCUUCACUGUCCACUACAUCCCCAAUAUCGGUGUCAUCUGUAAAUUUGCUCAUCCAGUUAACCACAUGAUCAUCUAGAUAAUUGAUAUAAAUGCCGAACAAUGACAGACCAAGCACUGAUCCCUGUGGCACUCCACUAGUCACAGGUCUCCAGUCAGAGAGGCAAUCAUCUUCUACCACCCUCUGCCUUCUCCUGCAAAGCCAAUGUCUAAUCCAAUUUGCUUCAUCUUGAACACCAAGUGAUUGAACCUUCUUGAUCAAUGUCCAAUGUGGGACAUUGUCAAAAGCCUUGCUGAAGUCUAUAUAGACAAGAUCCACUGCCUUGCUUUCAUCAACUUUCCUAGUAAAUUCCUCAAAAAACUCUAUAAGAUUAGUUAGACAUGACCUACCAUAUACAAAGCCAUGCUGACUAUCCCUAAUCAGUUGCUGUCUAUCCAAAUAAUUAUAUAUCUGGUCCCUUAGAAUUCCCCCCCCCCCCAGUAACACCCACCACUGAUGUCAGACUCAUCAGCCUAUUAUUUAUUGGUUUAUUCUGAGAACAUUUUUUAAACAACAGAACUGCAUUGGCUAUCCUCCAAGUCCUCUGGUACCUCACCCAUGGCUAUGGAUGUUAUAACAGUCUCUGCUAUGGGUCCUGCAAUUUCUACACUUGUCUCCCACAGGAUCCAAGAGAACUCCUUAUCAGGCCCUGGGAAUUAGUCCACCUUAAUUUGCCUCAAUCAGGAAACACCCUCUCCUCUGUAAUAUAGGAUCCAUGACCUCGCUAUACUUUGCCUCGUUUCUAUAGACUCUGUGACAGCCUCCCAAAUAAAUACAGAUGCAAAAACUCCAUUUACAAUCUCCCCCAUCUCUUUUGGCACCACCCAUAGAUUAUCAUUCUGAUCUUCCAAAGGACCAGUUUUGUCCCUCACAAUCCUUUUGCACUUAAUAUAAUCUGUAGAAUCCCUUAGGAUUCUCCUUCACCUUGUCUGCUAGAGCAAUUGCAUGCCUUCUGUCAGCCACGCUGAUUUCUUUCUUAUUUUUAUAUACUCCAGUACCUCAUUUAUUCUUACCUGUUUACACCUGCUGUGCACCUCUUUUUUUUUCUUAACCAGGGCCCAAUAUCCCUUGAAAACCUAAGGUUCCCUAAAUCUGUUAUCCUUGCCUUUUAUUCUGACUGGCACAUAAAUGCUUUGUACUUUCAAAAUUUCACUGUUGAAGGCUUUACACUUACCAAGUUAACCUUUGCCAGAAAACAGUCUGUUCCAAUCCACAUUUGCCCGAUCCUUUCUGAUAAAGGUGUCCCCCCCCCCUUUACAAAGGUAGAGCGUUCCUAUGAAACCUUUCUUAAGCCAAAAUGGCGUAAAGCAAAGAAGCAUUGAUUUAUAUGGGAAAAAUUUUCGUAAAAGUGAAAAUCCGCUUUGUAAUGCGAAAACAGGUUACUAAUGUAGGUCUUUUGUAAAAGCAAAGUGGCGUAAAGUGAACAUUUGUAAAGUGUGGGACACCUGUAGCACCAAAAUUGUCCUUCCUUCAAUUUAGAAUCUUAACCUGUGGACUAGACGUAUCUUUUUCCAUAAUUACAUUGAAACUAAUGGCAUUGUGAUCACUAGAUUGAAAGAGUUUCCCUGCACAAACUUCUGUCACCUGCCCUCUCAUUCCCUAAUAGGAGAUCAAGUAUUGCCACUCUCUCAUUGGGACUUCUAUAUACUGAUUAAGGAAACCUUCCUGAACAUAUAUGACAAACUCAAUCCUAUCUAAUCCUUUUACAAUAUGGGAGACAAUAUGUGGAAAGUUAAAAUCACCUACUAUUACAACCAGAGAACCACAAAACAUUUCAGCACAGAAAACCGGCCCUUCAGCCCUUCUUGGCUGUGCCAUACUAUUUUUCUGCCUAGUCCCACUGAUCUGCACCUGGCCCAUAUCCCUCCAAACCCCUCUCAUCCAUGUACCCGUCUUAAGUUUUUCUUAGCUGUUAAAAGUGAGCUCACAUUUACCACUUCAUCUGGCAGCUCAUUCCACACUCCCACCGCUCUCUGUGUGAAGAAGCCCCCCCCACAAUGUUCCCUUUAAACUUUUCCCCCUUCACCCUUAACCUAGGGGUUUUCUUCUCCUCUUGCCUCAGUGGAAAAAACCUGCUUGCAUUCACUCUAUCUAUACCCAUCAUAAUUUUAUACACCUCUAUCAAAUCUCCCCUCAUUCUUCUAGGGAAUGAAGUCCUAACCUAUUCAACCUUUCAAACUUAUUAACAUCCUUCCUGUAAUUCAACAUUAUGUUUCUUGCAACACUCUGAAAACUCUGCACAAUAUUCAGCAAUCUCUUUACUCUGGUUUAUGUGCUGGUUUAUGUCAUCUAGUCUGUAAUAUAAUAAAAGUGAAAAAAUGAGUAGAUUUUUUCAAUUGUACAUAAACAAUAUUCAAAAUAGUAUCUCAUUUAUUUUAGAUCAAUGUUUAAGUAGUGAAUAUAUUAUUACUUUAUUGCUGAAGUGUAUGUACAUGCACGUUGGUACACAAACGUAACCCUUUAUGGUUUAAAAUGGAGGAACAUGAAAAUGUAGUCCAGGAUUAAGGAAGUUGUAAAAGCAAGGAAUAGGUCAAAGAAAUCAUAGAACAUCAAUGACUGCAACCUACAACUGUUUGACUCCACUCUACUGUUCAGAGGUCAUUAAGUCAAUCUAAAACUUAUCAAGAUGUCUAGCAAAAUUUAUUUUAAAAUCUACUCCUGCUUUCAGUUAAUGCAUUCUUAUUUGCAACAUUGAAUUGCAAAGUACUGCAUCAACAUGAAACACUAAACAGAUCAGGCAGUGGUAAGUGAAACAGAGUUAUUGUUUUGGGCCAACGACCUUGACCUUCUAUUAAAACAUAUCUAAUGAAAGUUCAUUGACUUGAAAUGUAACUGUUUCUCUCUGCGCAAAUUGGAUUCAGAAUUGGCUUGCCCACAGAAGGCACUGGGCGGCAGUAUUCUGCCCGGAGGUCAAUGACCAGUGGUGUUCUGCAGAGGUCUGGUUCAGGAACCCCUGCACUUGUGAUUUUUAUAAAUGACAUGGGACAGGAAGGGCAAGGGUUUACAGAUGACACGAAGGUGGGUGGUGUUGUGGAUAGUACAAAAGGUUUUCAUUGGUUGCAGAGCUGGACAUUGAUAGGAUGCAGAGCUGGGCUGAGAAGGGGCAGAUGGAGUUCAACCUGGAAAAUUGUGAAGUAGUACACUUUGGAAGGAUGACCUUGAAGGCAGAUUACAGAGUUAUUGGCAAGGAUUCUCGGGAGUGUGGAGGAACAGAGAGAUCUACGUCCAUAGAUCUCUCAAAUUAGCCACAUAAGUUGAUAGGGUGGUUAAGAAGACUAAUGGGGUGUUGGCCUAGCUGAAUUGAGUUUAUGAGCCAUGAGGUAAUGUUGCAGCUCUAAAAAAAAUUCUGGUUAGACCACAGUGGAAUAUUGCAUUCAAUUUAGGUUGCAUCAUCAUAGGAAAGAUGUGGAAGCUUCAGAAAGGGUAAAGAGGAGACUUAUCAGAAUGCUGCCUGGAUUAGAGAACUUGUCUAAUGAGGAAAGGUUUGGUGAGCUAGAGCUUUUCCCUUUAGAGGGAAGGAGGUGACGAUAAAGGGGUGUAGGAGGCAUAGAUACAGUACAUAGCCAACAAUUUUUUCCUCAGGGUGGAAAUGGCUAACAUGAAAGGGCAUAAUUUUAAGGUGAUUGUAGGAAAAUAUAGGGGUAAUGUUUUUCUAAAACAGAGAGUUCUGUGUCCAAGGAACAUGCCACCAGGGAUGUUAGAGGCAAACACAUUAGUGAUUUUUAAGAGACUCUGAGAUAGCCCUCCAUUUUCUGUUAUCCAUGUGGCUAUCUAAGAGGGGAACGGUUCGACUGAUCUUGGAGAAAGUUACAAGGUUGGCACAACAUCAUGGGCCAAAAGGCCUGUACUGUUCUAAGUUCUAAACCCUGCCCGAUCCACUCUUCUUUCAUAACACUUUGCUGGCUUAGAAAACAUUAAACAUUGACACCUGUUAUCUCAAAUUUGUCUUUUGCUUAGCUAAAGCACCUGCCACAGAAACCAGUCAGACUAGUUUGGAAUCACUGAAAAGAGUGUCAAUUAAUGGAUAGAGACAGCACUGAUCUUGUGUAAAUUUCAGCUCCUAAUUUAAUAGCAAUCAAUCACAAGGAACAGUUUUAGCAACAACUGAUGGCUGAAGACUCUAGAGAGGGCAGAAAAAGGAUACACACAGCCUUGAGUUGUUAUUCUAUUAGAUUCUUAGCAGUGUGUGGUUCCUACCAGACGAGGUCUCGAGGAAACUGCUUACUUCAAUUUAUCCUUUGUUGACUUUGGUCUCCUGCACCACCGUAAUUCAGAAGAAUUCAAAAAGAGCUCCUGGAAGUUAUAGGUGGAGCUAUUUUUUUUUUAAAUCUCACUAGAAAAUGGAGGGUGUGGCCUGAUAGUUUUUGUCCUAAUACUUGCUUGCUGAAUUGAAUAUGUACUGAAAUGAACCUGAAUUUCGCCACCUACACGGAUACUGCCUGAGAUUAUGCUAGCUCUAUACCAUUCAUCCUGGUCCCAGUCCUCUUUCUCACACUAAACCUACUUUAGAACAAUUGUCAUCAGAGACACUUCAUAUAGAUGUAAUCAUUUGUGGGUUGUGGACAUUGGUGACAAGUCCCAUCAUAUAUUGACCAUUCCUCCUUGUCCUUGAACUGAGCUGCAUGCAAGGACAUCUCAGAGAGUAGUUAAGAGCAGGGUUAAAGUCACUUACUAGCCCGAUAAGGUCAUGGUAGCUUAUUUCAUUCUCUAUAAGGCAUUGAAUCAGGAGGGUUUUAUGAUGAUCUAGCAAUUCAUGGUUACCAUUCCAGAUGCCAAGAUGAGGCUGAAAUAUGUGUCCCCAAAUACUGCCUCUGCAAUGUCGAUCUGGUGGCCCAAUGUUCUGCAACCAACAUCACUUAACUAAAACAUAUCAACUUGUUUGAUAUUU